CUAAAACCCUCGGAACUUGUUUCACAUCGAGACAACUCUUUAGACUUUUCUCAGUAACAAAAACACCGAACCCUAGAUUUUCUUUCACCUGAAUCUGAAGAUGGAGUUCUCUACCGCCGACUUUGAAAGGCUUAUCAUGUUCGAACAUGCUCGCAAAAAUUCUGAGGCUCAGUACAAGAACGAUCCUCUUGAUUCCGAGGUUUCUUUCUUCUACUUGUCCUCCCCUCUCCUCAGAAUUUGUGAAAUUGCUUCAUUUCGAUUAAUAUGAUCGGACCUGAUAUGUAACGAAUAUUAAGGAUGUUUUGUGGAGAUGGAUUUCGUGAAUGUAUUGUCACUAUGUGUAGUUUAGAAUCUGCUGAAAUGGGGUGGAGCUUUACUUGAACUUUCACAGUUCCAGCCUAUUCCUGAAGCUAAGCUCAUGUUAAAUGAUGCUAUUUCCAAGUUGGAAGAGGCCUUGACAAUAAAUCCAGGGAAGCAUCAGGCUCUUUGGUGUAUUGCCAACGCGUACACCGCCCACGCGUUUUAUGUUCACGAUCCUGAAGAAGCAAAAGAGCACUUUGAUAAAGCCACUGAAUAUUUCCAGAGAGCAGAAAAUGAGGAUCCAGGUAAUGACACAUAUCGCAAGUCCUUGGAUUCCUCACUAAAGGCCCCGGAACUGCAUAUGCAGUUUAUGAAUCAAGGAAUGGGACAGCAAAUACUAGGUGGAGGAGGAGGAGGAGGUGGAGGAGGAAUGGCUUCAUCUAAUGUUAGCCAGAGUAGUAAGAAGAAGAAGAGGAACACUGAAUUCACUUAUGAUGUAUGCGGUUGGAUAAUUCUCGCUUGUGGGAUUGUUGCUUGGGUUGGCAUGGCAAAAUCCCUUGGCCCUCCACCUCCUGCCAGAUAAAGCCUAAAGCCAUAGUAGUGAUGAGCAUUCCGUAAGAAAUAAUGCCUGCACACUGAAACACCUAGUUACAUUUCCUGGUACCAAGUUGAAGAGUAACCGUUUGUGACUAUAGUACCAACAAAUUUAUUUGUUUACUUUAUUAUUAGGAUGUUUUGUCUCUUCAUAUCGGUUUUUGGUUUCUUCUUAUCUGUGUUGCACGAUGUCUAUGAGUUUCUUAUUUACAGAAAGAUGCUGAAACUUCCUGUAAGAAUAACCUAUGAGAAGUGAAACUCUAAAGAAGGUAGGAGAAAAUUUCCCGUUGCAACAAUUCUGUAUUCUCAACUAUAUGCUAUGUACUUUUUGUUACGUACUUUAAUACAUACUCUUAACUAAACACGCUU